CCACAGCCCACAAUGUGGAUCCGGAACCGCAACCCGGGGCAUCUCGGGAUCCGCCCCGGGGUUAAGUGGGUCCACGUACCAACCAAAACUUGCAUUUCACUUCACAGAUUUGGGCAAAAACACCGCCCCGAAUUUGUUCAUCUUUCAGCUUCUUCUCGUCAUCGUUCAUUCAUCCUUCAAAUCACCGGAGCAAAUCGACGAAGACACCCUCGCCGGAGCAACGUCGAACUAUCCACCGCCUCUGAUCUACUCUCCGGAGCCGAGAUCGAUCCAGCGAGUCUUUCGUCGUCGCUCAGUCUCCAUCUCAGAGAAUUCAACGAACUUGUCGUUCGGGACAGUCGCAGUUGAGCGUUGCAUUGACAGAAGCAGCAUGGUUUACCACUCAAGUUUUUUGGACGAGGAAGGGAUUACAAAGGCAUGUGGGUGUCCUUUGCUUCCCUUAAAAAGCCAUAUAAAGGGUCCAGCUCCAACUUCUGAGCAAGAUAGAACCGAUAUUGUUGAUGAAGCAAUCACAUUCUUCCGCGCCAAUGUCUUCUUUAGAAACUUCGAUAUAAAGAGUGCUGCGGAUAAGCUCCUCAUUUAUUUGACAUUUUACAUCAAUGUGGCACUAAAGAGGCUAGAGGGCUGCAGAACUUUGGCUGAAGGGACCAAAGCUAUCAUUAACUUGGGUCUGGAGAAGGUCCCUGUGCCUGGAGAAUCCGGUUUCCCCUUUCCAGGCCUUUUUCCCUUGCCUCAGUCUCCACAGGAAGCAGAGCUAUUCAGGAAUUAUCUGAAGCAGAUAAGAGAAGAAACAAGCGGAAGACUGUUGAGUGUCGCAUAUAGACCAAAUGGAACCCCAAACAAGUGGUGGUUAGCGUUUGCAAAGAGGAAAUUCAUGAACAUCAUCGUACCAUGAUCUGUGAUGACCUUUGCUUUGGAUAGUAGCGUUCUCAAAGCACAAAUGAACUGGUCAAAUUCCAGAAUACGUUUAGCUUUUGUUGUUUCUCAGUGGUUCUUCGUUUCAACGCUUGAAUUGUACGUGAAUUCGACGUGUUUCAUAUUUGUAGCAGUUCUUCGUGA